GCGUAAAUCAGCAGAAAUUGCACAAAUGCAUCGCCGCCAACAGUGUGGAGACUGAUUAGAUGUAAAAAGGGUAAAAUAGAGAUAUGUAUCGUCCACGUGCAAUCGUUAUUAAGUUCUAUUUUCCAGUAUUUUCUCGCCGUGACAUGUUUGCUCUCGACGACGAUUGAUUUACUCGCAAAGCCAGAAAAGAUCACGAUUAUCGUUUACGCAAACCACGACCAGUUACAAUGGAGCUAGCUAGAAACGCUUGGAAGAGAUCCGUUUUUAUCUACAAGGCUAGUUUGCUGCCUGCUCAGAGAAACAGUAGCAACAGUACAACGUCGAAUGUAGCCGAGGCCACGGUUCUUUCAAGGGACAGUGACUCUGGUUCUUCGGACUCAAGAGCAAAGGAUGACAUAGUGUACGAUGCACUCGGUGCCACUGACGAACUGUCGUGUUAUAUCGGACUAGCAAGAGAGUUUGCGUGCGAUAGCAAAGUGGAGCAUCCUUAUGUAGAUAAACUAAAGAGGGUGCAGAUGAUUUUAUUCGAUUUAAACCAUGCUAUAUCAAGAUCGACGCCUGGAAAACCAAGAUCUUUUGAGAUUAAACAUACGAAAGACUUGGAGGAAUGGAUCUCGGAAUACUCAAAUCAACUACCUCCACCUGAAGAUUAUAUCAUUCCUGGUGGUGGCAAAGCGUGUGCUUCUUUGCACGUCGCGAGGACAGUUUGUAAACGAGCUGAGAAAAGUGUGAAGCCUUUGGUGAGCAACGGAGUCCUUGACCAGGAAGCACAAACUUACUUGAGUCGAUUAUCAGACUUUCUUCUAACGAUAUCCCGUAUUGCGGCAAAAUGUGACGAGCGGACGGAAAACAUAUACAUACCACGCGCAGAAGUUACAGAAGAGAAGUAAACGACUGAUAAACCAGACAUUUUGUGCAGAUCGUUUCAAAAUUCAAGCUGCUUCUUAGAACCUUGAUUUUUGAGGAGCUUUAAAUAAGACAUUGCUCAAAACGAAGUAGAGUUAAAUGGCAUCAGCAGUGAGAACGGUAGAAAAAAUUGAGAAGGACGAUUUCUUGCUUCCUUACGCACUGCAUUUAACAAUUGUUCAAAAGCAUAAAAUAUUUUUUUGAAGGACUGUAGUAUUUUUGGUCAAGGACCAACAUGUUACGAUCAAGUACUAUGUAUAUGAAAAGCGAUCGGAAGCCUUCGUGUACUAUAACGAUUGUUAAUUACUCUUUAGAGUAUUAUAGUCAUUGUACAAUGUUACAUUUAAUGUUGCAAGUAAUGCCAAAUACAGUUACACGAGAAGAAGGGUCAACUUCCAUGUAAAAAUAUCAACCCUAUCGAGUACAUAUAAUAGACACAUCAGAUUUAUUUAAAGUCAUUAAUGUUACUUAUGUACAAUGUAUUUAUUAAACUACAAUUUAAGAAACAGCCUUAA